UUGAUGUUCUUUUUUGCAUAUCAUCGCCUUCUGGGUAUCCCUAGUUUAUCAUCGGUAGUGUUUGACUAUCUUUCCAGAAAAUCUCCACAUGUCAAACGUGAUGUGCCAUCCAGAUCAAUCAACCCACCUGAACAUUCCACUAUUGAAGAUACACCACAAUCUCUACAAAGCCCAUUACAAAAUCCAUCGCAAGAAUCCUCCUCCACAUCUGAAAUAUGCGACUAUUCUCAACUAUAUCCCUCUAUGCAAAAGGCUUUGUUAAACUUAAUCGAUGACAAUUCAUGGCGUCUCUUACAUGAAAGUAGGAGUUCUGAUAUCAAAGUUUACCAAAAUCCUGCCAUUUCAGAUCAUAGCUACAAGAUUUCAUGCACUGUGAACAAUACGCUAGAGACUGUUUUUGAUUUUUUAGCUGAUAUAAAAAGAAGGCCGGAAUGGGAUCAUUUAAUGGAAGAGGGAAAAUUAAUCGAGAUUAUUGAUGAAAAUACUACUGUUCAAUAUAUGCGCAUGAAAGCCGCAUUUCCGGUCUCCGCUCGCGAUGUAGUUACUUUAAAUCAUAUAGUAAAACUUAAUGAUGGUAGGAUGAUGAUGACCUGUAAGAGUAUUAAACAUAAAUCAUGUCCGGAGAUACCUGGUGUUAUUAGGCUUGAUUGUGAUUGUGCUGGAUUUGUCAUCUCACCAAUUAAAGAUCAACCUAAUAAAUGUUUUGUAAUUCAAAUUGCUAAUGCUGAUCCAAAAGUAUCAACAAGGGAUAUGCCUGCCUCUGCUAAAAAAUUAAACAUUAUACUAACGAAAUUGCCUCGCAAAUGCGAAUCAAAUGCUUCUUCUCCAAAUUCCACUCCUAGUGUUACUCCUAAAACGAACUCUUCAAUAGUCUCCCAUGUACAUGAGCGUAAUGUCAGUGACAGUGACAUACCUAUCAUAACUGAAUCACCUAAAUGUGAGAAACGCGUUCGUUUUUUAGAACAUUCUUCACCAUCUUCCGAGACGGAAGGUUCAAUCGCAAGAUAUCCUAUAAAUUCUACUCCGAGAUCUACACUCUGGAAAUCAUUU